AUGGUGAUAGAAACUAACACAGUAUUUAAAAAUUGUCAUUCCAGGUACUUACAUAAGAAUGUACUUAAUCAAGAUUCGGCGCACAUAGCGUCGCCACCAGAAGUAGUUGACGCCCUAAAACAAUUGGCAGAAUACCUGAUAUGGGAGGACAGAAACGAAGAAGAUGCAAUAUUCGAGUACUUCUGCGAAGAGAACAUGAUGGACUACAUGACGGGAGUGCUGUGCAGAUCGUCCUCGAGACCAAUAAGAAUACAGCUGGUGCAAACAAUAUCAAUGCUGAUACAUAACGUGACAAACAAGAGAGCACUGUACUAUUUCCUGUCAAACAACUACAUCAACGGACUUAUCAUGGUGCCCGAAAUGUACGCAGGAGGGGACGUGAGCAGCUGGACAAUAUCACUGCUGAAAACACUCUCGUCGAUACUGGAUAAGUCGACAAUCAAGUUCUUCUUUUUAAAGAAAAGAGAGACGUUUCCACUACUGGAUAAAAGUUUAAUGUUCCUAAACAAUCAUGAUAGUAUGAAGCGAGCACACGUAAUGACGAUAAUAUUGAAUAUAUUUAAAGUCAAGGACGACGACGUGACAGAGUACAUAAUCAACAAAUCAAAGAUAUUAUUACAACUUGUACUAUAUUUAAAAUACUGCUGGUAUCGAUUAAAUAAGUAUAUCAACAAGUAUAAAAGAUUCAGUGAGAAUAUAUUAAUUGAAUGUGAUGAUACAUUAUGUUUUAUUGAGGAACUAAUGGACUUGGAGAUAGAGCCUAUAAACGAGAAAUUGGUAUAUUACACGUACAACAUAUGUUUUAUACCGCUGUUGAGGAACGUCUUGAGGAAAAAUAGAAUCAAUUUAAGGAAAUUGGAGAGGUUGAAUGUACCGUCGCGCAUAAAUUCGGAGUAUUUGAACAACGCAUACCACAAGCUGUCGGAAACAGUAGGAUUAGUAGACCUCUAUAUAAACAAUAAAACAAAUCUGUACAAUAAUUUCUCCGAUGCGAACAGCCCACGAGUAACAAUGGGAUUGCAGGAGGAAGCACCUACUAGCAGCAUACAUAAUGACAGAGUAACACCGACUAGCAGCGUACAUAAUGACAGAGUAACACCGACUAGCAGCAUACAGAGUGACAGAGUAACCUUGGAAGGAGUGGUAGUGGAAGAAGAAGGUCCGAUGAUGUGUAAGUUGGAUGAGAGAGAAGAAUCGGGAGGAGUUGACUCCGAAGGAUCAAUAAAUAACGUAGUGUACUAUAUUCUAGUAAACUUGUUGAUGAACUGUAAGAGAAGGGAGUUAUCAAAGCCACUGUUGUUAUUGUUCUUUACACCCUUUGUAUCGAGGCAGUUACUGAUAAGUUUGGAAUCAUACAGUAGCGCAUUGUUGGAAACGGAGAAUAAUACGCCAGUGUCGAAUGCUAACACGAACACAAAUACAAACACAAAUGUGACGACGCCAGCAUCAGGAAGAACAUACAGAGCGGAUAGCAGAGAGUUUGAAACGCGUAACUUAUUUGACCACGUAAACUAUCAAGUAGACGAAAGCACAAUAGAAGUGUACGAGUUGUUGGUAAAGUACUUAGAGUAUUACGAUAAGGUCACUAAAGGAAGUAGCAGCAACGAAGAGUAUGAGGGUUGGAAAGAGGAAAGUGACAAGGAUGGUGAAACCAGGGAUAAAAAUGAAUAUGAUGGUGAAUUGGAAGUGGUGGAUGACGAAUCGAAGACUGAACCAUUACAUUUGUUAGAACCUGAAAGGGUGUUUAAUACUAAAAUGUUGGAUGAUGUAUGUCAAGAGUGUGUUGUGAAUGUACUUAUGGGAACGUUCAUACAUGAUGGGUUAACCUCGUUGAAGUAUAAGGACCAUAAGAUGUUGAUGCUGUUGAAGUUAUUGAUUAAUAAGCAAUCACAAGUAUUCGGAUUGAUGGAGCACUUGUUUAGGAAUAAUUAUGAAUUGUUGCCACUGAGUUCAUUGUUGAUGAGCAAUAACAUAUACCUGCAAAUAUUUAACGUAUUGUGUGCAAAUGUGACAAAUUAUAAGUUGAACGUGGUAAUGAUAAAGUUAUACAACGCAGUUCUAAGUAGAUAUAUAGCUCAAUUGAAUAGUGGUCUGAGCAGCAGCGGGAGUAAUCGAGCUCUGAGAAGUAGUAAUACUGAUAGUAAUACUAGAGGUAGUACUGGUGCUGGCGACAAAGACAGUAGCAGUAAAGCUAACGAAGAGGAGCUCAUAGACGAGUUGAGGUUUCACCUGGACAUCAUAUUUAACAUCAUAAGGCUGUACAUACUCAACUCAAUAGAGUCGACGACGCUGCUGUACGUGUCAGUGUUCUACGACGAGUGGGUGAAGAACGUUAAGCUGCACCACACGAGUGUGCAUAAUCUGAUACAGUACGAAGACAUAUUGCCACUAGAAGAGGAAGAUGAGGACGAUGGUGAAAAGAGCAUGGGCGGCGUAGUUGACGAAGGUGUGGAAAGCCCAAGUAGGAGUCAAGCAAGCUUAAAGAAGGACCAGGUGCUGAAGGACCAGCAAAAGGAAAGGCUCAUAAGAAGACUAUUCUUCAAAGGAAGUAGGAGCCUGAGGUCGAGUACGUCGAUGACCGGGAGUGGAUACGACAGCCACGCGGACAAUUCACCAAUUAACGUAUUUAAGAGAUACAUCCAGAUAUCACUGCUCUUUAAGGAGUUGUACAACACAAUAACAAGCGACAACGCGACGAGCUUCAACGGAAAAGCGCACCUGAAGCCAAUAAAGGAGACUUUAAGCUACAUGUACGAGUCAUGUCCACUCUUUUACAACCGACUGGAAAUGCUGUACAUAAACAACCAGCAGAUUAAACUAGGAAAUGUUUUAAAAAUCGAUGAUAGUAUUAAGUAUUUCAGGUGCGCAAUAAAGAAUAGAAACGAACAGAGGCAGAGGGUGUAUAUAAUACACGACAUAUUCUUCAUACUGGCCAAAGUUAAACACAUACGUAGACUAAAGCCGAAACUAGAAGAAGAUCAACUGCUGAAAAACCUGUCACUGCACACUAAACAAUCUACGGAGGAGGAGAAACUCAUGCAUCAAGAAUGUGUGCACUUGCUGUGGAACUGUCUGGUUAAAAAGGUGGAUACUGUGAAUAGUAAAUUCAACCUCUUGAUAUCGUGGCAUCCAAACUAUAAGUCACUGACACCAUCGCACUACUAUAACAACUCAAACAACAGGUGGAACGAUCCGAUAGCACCCGUGGUGAGUGAGUUCGACGUCGUUUUCGGCAGUCCCCGUGAACUGAGCGCAGCCUUGAAAAUGCAUAACCACAAUAAGAAAAAUCUAUCGACCAUGUGCCUAAUGUCCCUCCAGGACUACCUCUACAAUUCCAUAUAG